UUCUACAAAAUUUUCCAUCAAGGGGCUCAACUUUAAUUUCUACGCAAACAGGGGCUUGCAACUAUCUCGUUCUUUUUUCUCUACAAACUUUACACGUUUGAUAGAAAUGGCCAAGAGUAAAACAGAAAAACGUACCAAAUCAGCUAUAAAUGAGGUUGUGACACGCGAGUGCACAAUCCAUUUAAACAAACGUCUUCAUACAGUCGGAUAUAAGAAACGUUCACCAAGAGCUGUUAAGAUCAUCCGCAAAUUCGCAGAAAAAGAGAUGGGAACAAAGGAUGUGAGAAUUGAUACUCGUCUUAACAAAGCUAUUUGGUCACGCGGUAUUAGAAAUCCACCUUUCCGCGUUCGUGUACGUCUCUCACGUCGUCGUAAUGAUGAUGAAGACUCUCCUAACAAGCUCUACACAUUGGUCACUUAUGUUCAAGUUGAAUCCUUCAAAGAACUCCAAACAGAAAAUGUCGAAUCAGAAGAUUAAAUAUUAUUUUUUGAAAUUCCAUCGAUAUGUUUACUGUAAGUUUGAUCUUUAAAAGCCAGAUGUACUGUCAUCUACAUCAUCAAUAAAAAAUAUUACAAGAACUAAAAAUAAACAAACAGUGAAAGUGAUUUAUUAUUAAAAGUGAU